AUGGUUAGAAAGGUUGACUUGAUCCUUUUACUAGAGAGUAGAACCGAAGUACCUGUCACCAUAUGGGCAGAACAAGCUGAAAUAUUUGAAGACAAAUACCGUGUUAUAGAGGAUAAUAACAUCGUCCUCAUUAUGACAAGCGUUUUGGUUAAGUCGUAUCAAGGAGCAUUACAAUUGUCAGCAUCUUCUUCAACUAAGUUUUAUUUGAAUAAUGAUUCCGACUGCGUCACUGAAUUUAGAAAAAGUUUAAAGUAUGAUGGUGGCUGCUCAAUUAAGCUACGCACUAUGAUCCAUCAAGACAAAACUGAUGAACAACAACAGUCCAUUACUCAUAUUUGGGACUAUGUUUCAUCCGACAAUCCUAUGGCCAUUGGAAUGCUUAGUUUUAAAAUUGAAAUGAUUGUUGACGAUGGACAUGAUUGUGCAACUUUAAUCUUAUGGGAUCUAGAAGCUUCAAGAGUCAUUAGAACAACUGCACCAGAAAUAGCUAUAGAAGAUACACGUUCAGAAGAUAAACGUCAAGAAUGCGGAAUAAAACGUCAAGAACGUGAAGAACAUAUUGCUAAUGAUCUUCAAAAGCUUCCAAGAAUUGAGUAG